AUGUUGGACAUGUGCCAUGACCUUGGGUGGAGCAUUGACGGCUUGCUUCUAAGCAUCGUGCUGUACAGGCAAACGCCUGGAGCCCAGCAAGACAUGGAGCUUUUGAAGGGGUUUUUGGAUUCCUUUGAGACAAACAAGCCACAACAUGACGGGAGGGUCAUUUAUGAGGCUCUGACGAUCAUUUACAAGAGCGCUCUCGAAGCCCUGGGCCUUACGGAUCAAGACCGAGACCAGCCUGAGCAUGCAUGGCUAAGACUUCCAGCGUCGCCUUCUGAUAUACAGCUCAAUCCACCCACCUUCAAUGAUCCUUCAGAACUACUGAGCUAG